GCCACCAUGGAGUACAAGAGAUCGUCGCAUGUGGAGGAGGACGACGAGGACCUCGAGGAGGAGGAGGAGGACGAGGACGAGGAGGAAGAAGAGGAUGACAUGGAGGAGGAGCGGGAGGGCGAGAUGAGAGGCCGUCAACAUCAUCACCAUCACCACUUCGCUACGGCGCCGGCGCCGGCCAUGGGCGCGCCGCAGCAGCAGCACCACCUGCAUGGAUCCCAGCAGGUUCUUGCCCCGUCUGCUGCUGCUGCCUCUGCGGCGGCUGCGCCGUCUCCCAGCUCCUUGGCGGACAUGGCCGCCUUCUCCAGGCCCCUCCUGCCUCCCAACUCCUCCCUCGUCUCCUCGCCGCCGCCCGGCUUCCUGUCGCCCCCUGCGCACCUCCAUCCGCUCCAGCAGCACGCGCAUAGGAGGAUGGUGGAGAGGGAGAGGGGCAGGACGGUGGAGGCGCCACCGCCGCCACCACGGGAGCAGCAGCAGCAGCCCGAGCGCCAGAACCAGCACCACCAUCCCCACCAACAGCAGCGUCACCAAGAACCGGCGCGAAACGGCGUUCUUGCUGCUGCCGCCGGCGCCACGCCUCCCCAGGCGCCUGCGCUCGCCCUCGCCACCAGCGCCGCCACGGGUCCGCCGGCUGCGCCGGAGCCGCUGCCGUGGAGGUACAGGGAGUGCCUGCGGAACCACGCCGCGCGGAUGGGCGCGCACGUGCUGGACGGCUGCGGCGAGUUCAUGCCGUCCCCGGGCGAGUCCCCGGCCGCCGCGCUGCUCUGCGCCGCGUGCGGCUGCCACCGCAGCUUCCACCGCCGCGAGCCGGUGCUGGUGGCCUCGCCCACGCCGUCGCCCGCCUCCGCCGUGGUCUCCCCCUCCGCCGCGGCGGCGACACCCGGCUCCCGGCCCAUGCCGCUGCUCCUCGCCCCGCCGCACAUCCACAAGCCGCGCCAGCACGUCGUCCCGCUCACGUCCCCGAUGUCCGCGCCCGUGCCGGCGUCCCCGAAGUCGGCCCCCGCCGCGCUGGCCGAGUCGUCCAGCGAGGAGCUGCGCCCGCACCCGCCACCGCCGCCGCCCCCUCCUCCGUCCUACUCCCAGGCGGCCGUGGGCGGGUCGGCGUCCGCGCCGCCGGCGCCGGGCAAGAAGCGGUUCCGCACCAAGUUCACUCCGGAGCAGAAGGAGCGGAUGCUGGACUUCGCGCACCGCGUGGGGUGGCGCGUGCAGAAGCCCGACGGCGGCGCCGUGGACGCCUUCUGCGCGCAGGUCGGCGUGCCCCGCCGGGUGCUCAAGGUGUGGAUGCACAACAACAAGCACCUCGCCAAGACCCCGCCCACCACCCCCUCGCAGCCGCUGCCGCCUCAACACCACCACCACGACCCUCCUCCUCCUCCUCACCACCAGCACCACCACCCGCACCCAGCGCAGCCGCAGCACAACCACCACCACCAUCAGCAGCAGCAGCAGCACGAUCCAUGAGCGAGUAAGCACAUUGCGAGAGUGAGAGGAUGAGGAUGCAUUAGUCAUUAGCCUUUCUUCUACUAGCCUCUUCUUUUUUUUGUUCUCCCAUGUAAUUCCAGUGACCUCCAUGUUGUUAAGUGUUAACUCGCGCGCGCGUCGGCAGCUACUUAGGGUUGGAGCAGAGACCAGUAAUCCGAGGAGGCAUGCAUGCCCUUCUUCCUCAUUGCACAUUGCUCUCCUGGAUAAUAACAUGAUGAUUAGGUUAGCAUCUUAGCUUGGUCAACAGCCAACACUUCUUGCUUAGGUCUGCAUCUUAGUACUG